UUAACGUCAAUCUGUCACUGGCAACGGAAAAAAUCCAAAAACGUAGUUCGUACAGCCAGGCCUGUAAGUUUUUUCUCUUGUGUGGCAGAAUUUGUGUUGCCUUCUAUCGUGUCUUUGAAGAUCUCCCUAGAGAAACGAUAAGUGAGACACCAAAUCCAUUAAAACAACGAACAGCUCAUUUUUUUAUCUUUGAGUUGUGGGUCAAAGUUCGAAGUAAUCAAGGAAAUAAUGUCUGAGGGUAGUAAAAAAUUAGAAACAACGGGCAAUAGUUCCGGUGACAAGGAAUUAGACGAAUUACUUGACAGUGCUUUGGAAGAUUUUAGUAAACACAAAGAAGAUGAUAGCAGUACAACCAACGAUGAUGCUAGAACCCAGCAACACGACGACCCACCAACAGAACAACUUUGGAAUGAGGAGUUUAUCAGUUCACAGGCCAAAAUGUUCGAAGAGAAAAUGGCUGCACUGUUUGGAGGAGGAUCAGAAUCGGUCGAUGCAGACCAGAUUACGCUAGGAUUCCAACGAAUUGCAGAAGCAGCUGCCAUGGCAGUGCGUGCAGAUCCGACAACCCUACCGGUGGAUUCCGUAGAUCCUUCAAUUAGCCAGAGUAUUACAGAUGCGUUGCGUGGUUUGAGUGAAGGUCGGGAAAAUCUCCAGACGCCGUUCACUCCUGACGAUAUUGCAGGGAUGUUCGGAAACAUCGAUUUAAAUGAGGGUGGAGAAAAUAAUGCGUUUUUGCCUUUCAUGCAAAACAUGAUGCAAAGUUUGUUAUCAGCGGAUGUUCUAUUACCUAGUUUAAAGGAUCUGACAGAAAAGUAUCCCGCAUGGUUACAGGAAAAUGGUGAAAAGGUACCCAAAGAAGAUAAGGAACGCUAUGAAAAGCAGCUUAAAAUGAUGGAGGACGUGUGUCGUGAGUUGGAGAAGGAAAAACCCGAUGAUUCCUCUGAGGUGAAACGAGUUCGAUUCCAGACGGUCCUCGAAAUGAUGCAGAAUAUGCAGGAUCUAGGACAACCACCAGCUGAUCUUGUCGGCGAUCUAGGGCCGGCAAACUUAAAUCUACCUACGAUAGAUCCGACUGCCUUUAGCGACCCAAAUCAGUGUGCCACGAGCUAGUUACCCAACACUAACAGUUGGGCAGGUGUUUGGUUUAAUAGACUCCACAAGAUUCGAUCAUCUUUAUUAUUCUGACCGCGUGUCGCUGUGCCACUUCAAUUUUUUUCUGGCCAUUGGUGGGAAUCGUGGCUUUGUUGGUGACAGCCUUCGUUACAUGGAUUACCAAUUCUAUUGAUUUACAGUGUUCGAUGGGAACGAAAUAGAAUGAUAUAUAAAACUACAAAAUCCUUUCAGUGAGAUUCGAUUAGAUAUAUUUAUAGUUCUUUGUUUGGAAAAAAAAUCAAUAAAAUUCUGGCUUUAAAUUAGUA